AAAGCUUGUUUUUGUUUGUUUUUUUCUUAUCUCCGCCGCCGUUAAUAAUUAAUCGCGGGUUCUGCGGGGAUUGGAUCCGUGUGUGUCGAGCUGUUCCUGGGUGUUAACGGCAGAAGAUCAGGGAGGGCUGGAGUGAUUUGUUCCCGCCUCAAACACGUUCCCCGAUACCAUUCUGAGUCAGAGAUAUUACCGCACUGGCGACACUGACACAAAGUAACAGCCGCGCGCAGUUGUGAUACAUUGUUUCAGUCCGGCGCGGCUUAGAACUCGUUGUUACAUUGUGACAUCGCGCCGAGCUGACUGUGAUACAUUGUAUCUGCUGCGUCUGGUCUGAUGAUGGAGCGCUGGAAGGGGAGAGUCGCGCUGGUCACCGGAGCGUCUGUCGGGAUCGGAGCGGCUGUGGCUCGCGCUCUCGUGCAGCACGGCAUGAAGGUGGUCGGCUGCGCGCGGAACGUGGACAAGAUCGAGAAGCUGGCAGCCGAGUGUCAGAGCGCGGGAUACAGCGGCACUCUGAUCCCGUAUAAGUGUGAUCUGUGCAACGAGGAAGAGAUUCUGUCCAUGUUUUCGGCCAUCAAGACGCUGCAUCAGGGAGUGGACGUGUGCAUCAACAACGCCGGUCUGGCUCACAACGAACCGCUGCUCAGCGGAAGGACAGAUGGCUGGAGGAAUAUGAUCGAUGUCAACAUACUCGCUCUGGCCAUCUGCACGCGUGAGGCCUACCAGUCCAUGAAGGAGAGACACGUGGAUGACGGACACAUCAUCAACAUCAACAGUAUGGGGGGUCACAGGAUGGUGCCCAGCGCUGACGAGCACUUCUACUGCGCCACUAAAUACGCUGUGACCGCUGUGACAGAGGGACUGAGACAAGAGCUACGGGAGGCCAAAACACACAUCCGAGCCACGUGUAUAUCACCUGGAAUAGUGGAAACUGAAUUUGCCUUCCGGCAUCACAACAGCGAUCCGGAGAGAGCCGCGGCUGUUUAUGAAAGUAUAAAGUGUUUGAAAGCAGAAGACAUCGCCGGUGCCGUCACAUACGUCCUGAGCGCGCCUGCUCAUGUUCAGAUCGGUGACGUGCAGAUGCUGCCGGUGGAGCAAGUGUCAUAGAAACAGAUCGGGAACGGGAGGACACCUGCUGGGCA